CUAAGUGUGUCGAUUGAGAGAGUGAAAAAUGCAUUAACUGACAAUUAGACUCUUUCACCAUUCAGUUCCCUAGAAGAUAAGGAACUGCACAGUAAAAUGUAGCCCUCUUCCCCUGUUCUAUGGAUGAAUCACAAAAGAAAUCUGUUGCCCGGAAAGAAAGAAGUGUGCAUUUCUCAACUUCAUCUAGGGAAGAAGCAGUAAAUAUUUCCUCUUGGCCCAGCCUGUCCCUAGAGGUGUUUCCUCUUGACAAAACCCAAAGCAAACUCUGUGAGUGCCAGCCCUGAGAUCAGUGCAGCUGCUAUAAAAGACCAAGUCACUGAGCGACCCUCACCAGCUGAGCAGAGAUGGCAGGGAUCACCCUCUUCGGAUUCUUGGUGACCCUGAGCCUGAGCCAGGCAUCUGGAUCUUCCAUAAAUGAUAUCUUGGAGACACUGCCAGAUCCAUUCUUUCUGAGCAGCACUGAUGAAGCCAAGGAGCUGGUGGAUGCUGCAUACAAGUACGAACGGGACAGAGCAAAAGAGACCAUAGGGGAAAUGGAUGUCAGGCCCUCAGAUUUCCUGAAACAUUUAAAGGAGCCAGUGGCAGGAACCAGGUCUGCAAUCCGAGCUGCUGAUUACAUGGAAACCACCCUGAGCCUCCUGAAGAAGAAGCUGCUUCGGAUCGUGAAAGGAAAGUUUAAUAUCACAGAUGUACUAAGUAGGAAGCAGAAGGAAAUUAUUUCCAAGGCAACUGGUUGCGACUAUCAGAUCCGUUCCAUUAGGUGCCCGAGGAGUAGCAUUUACCGGACCAUUACUGGAGAAUGCAACAACAGGAAGCAUUCUUAUUUUGGAGCUUCCAAUCACGGAUAUGCCCGAUGGCUCCCGGCGGAGUAUGAGGAUGGAGUGUCUCUUCCCAGAGGAUUAAUUGAAGGAAAACUUUACAAUGGAUUUCCGCUCCCACUGGUUCGAAAAGUGUCAAAUGAAAUAAUUCACACAGCCAAUGAGAAUGUCACUGAAGACCAGGAGCGCUCUCUCAUCUUCAUGCAGUGGGGUCAGUGGGUUGAUCACGAUUUGGACUUAGCCCCUUUCACAACUACAAAAAUCGACCAUAAAGAAGUUCAUUGUGAGACCAGUUGCACCUUUGAGCCACCUUGCUUCCCAAUUAAGAUUCCCCCUCAUGAUCCACGAAUUAAGAACCCAAAUACUUGUAUGCCAUUCGUCCGUACAGCUCCAGUGUGCAAUGCCAGAACAUUUGUGCGAGAGCAGAUCAAUGCAAUCACCUCAUUCUUGGAUGCCAGCAUGGUGUAUGGCAGUGAAGUACCUCUAGCUAAGAGUCUUAGGAAUCAGACAAACCAGCUUGGUUUGAUGGCGCUGAACCAGAACUUUACGGAUGCAGGGUUGGGAUUACUGCCCUUUGAGAACAAAUCCCAAAGCCUCUGUUUAUUCACAAACAAGAUCAUGAAUAUCCCCUGUUUUAAAGCAGGUGAUGCACGAGCAACUGAAAAUCUGGGACUAACAGCUAUACACACACUCUUUGUGCGGGAGCACAAUCGCUUGGCUAUCGAGUUGAAGAAAUUAAAUCCAUGCUGGGAUGGAGAGAAGCUCUACCAGGAGGCUCGAAAAAUCAUAGGUGCCAUGACCCAGGUAGUAACAUACAGAGACUACUUGCCACUUCUGCUUGGAGAUGAGACUGAGAAGGAAAUACCAUGCUAUGGGGGCUAUGAUGAGUCUGUGGAUCCCACCGUGGCAAAUGUAUUUUCCUUGGCUUUUCGGUUUGGUCAUAGUUCAAUACAGCCUUUUGUGACCCGUUUAGAUGAUCAUUUCCAACCUUUGGGUCCACAUUUCCGGGUCCCUCUUCACCUCACAUUCAGUGCUUCCUGGAGGGUUGUAAUGGAAGGUGGCAUUGACCCGCUUCUCCGUGGUCUGCUGGUUGACCAUGCAAAACUAAUGAAACAGAACCAAAUGAUGAUUGAGGAGCUCCAGGAGCGGCUUUUUGAACAGGUAGAAAUAAUUGGACUGGAUCUAGCAGCCUUAAACCUGCAACGGGGAAGAGAUCAUGGUCUUCCAGGGUAUAACGCCUGGAGGCAAUUCUGUGGGCUUUCACAGCCUCGCAACUUAGCUGAACUCUCUGAAGUGCUGAGAAAUCGUAAGCUAGCCAAGAAGUUCAUGGACCUGUACGGGACACCAGACAAUAUUGACAUCUGGAUUGGGGCUAUGGCAGAGCCGUUUGUUCCCAAUGGCAGAGUGGGACCUCUCCUGGCUUGCAUCAUUGGAUCUCAGUUCAGGAAAUUGCGAGAUGGGGACAGGUUCUGGUGGGAGAAUCCCGGGGUUUUCACUCCACAGCAGCGCCGUGCCCUGAGCAGCAGUUCAUUGCCACGGGUUCUCUGUGAUAACACUCGCAUUAGAGAGGUGCCCAGGGACGUGUUCAGGGUCAACCGCUAUCCUGAGGACUUUGUGAACUGCAGAAUGAUCGACCAUCUUGACUUGUCACCUUGGAGACAACGCAGUAACUAGGGAGUGGAAGAACAAGCAUCCAGUGACUCCUUAUGAUGGAAGCUGAGAUUUCCUUGGAGGGCUGGAUUCAGGAUGCUGCUGGCAAGGAUUCUUCACUCCUUUCAGUCUAACCCCCCACUGACUUUUGCUGGCUGGAAUGCAUGGCCUAGCUGCUGCCAUUUUGCCUGUGUUUGUGUUGAUUUUCUUCCAUUUGCAAAAACUUCCAACCCUGUAAUUAGCUUGCAAGUGGCCAUUGCUAAAAGAACUAGGAUUAGAUAAUAACACUAGCUAAAGAAGUCCAGAUUGAAUUGAAGCCCAUGAGUGCAGAUUUACAAGUUAGUGAUUGUAGGCUGCCUACUGGCACCUAUUUUUGUGAUUCUUCAAUUUCUUUAUAAUACAGAUGAUUGAUUCUCUUUCUGGUUUCUCUGAAUGGUGAAUGGGCAAGUUGUACACAUUUAAGAUAUUAUCUCAAUAAAGCCUGAUUUAUGCAAAAGU